AUGUCAUUCCACUCUGCUUCUCCGGAGGGGCUGAACUCCUCCCCCGCCAGUGAGAAUUCUCCAACCGGUGCGCGCUCUGGCGUGCCCGCCACCGCCCCCCGCCCGGUCUCGGAUAUAGCCAGCGCGCGGAGCUGUGUAACUUGUCGUCGGCGGAAGGUCCGCUGUAAUAAGCGUUCGCCUUGCUCGAAUUGUGUCAAGGCCGGUAUUGACUGCGUGUUUCCCCCACCGGGCCGAGCCCCGCGCAAGUCUAAGCGUCCGCCCGAUGCCGAGCUGCUUUCGCGCUUGCGUCGCCUCGAGGGCGUCAUCGAGCAUUUGAGUGGGAAACCUCCCGAUAAUCCCGGUUCGACAUCUAGUAUCUCGCCAACCCAACCGUCUAACACUUUUUCCCCGCUCCCUACCGUUCCUCCUACCGUGGUGACCGCGCCGUCGACUACUCCCGGCUCCGUUCCACCGCCCGCUCAGGACUCGGGUUGCCCGUUCGAGAAUGACGAUCCUAAGAAGCUUGCGCCGAAGAAGUUUGAGAAUGAGUUUGGGAGGCUGGUUAUUGAUGAAGGCAGGAGUCGAUAUGUGAGCAAUCGGCUGUGGGCGAGUCUUGGGGACGAGAUCGAAGAACUUCAAGACAUUUUAGACCACUCCUCAUCCGACGAAGAGGAUGUUCCCUCUCCAGAAUCCUCCCAUUCCGGCUCCCACGACGGCUUUCUAUUCGGAUUUUAUUCCUUGUCGCACUCGCUCAGGGAAUUCCACCCCAAUUUACCCAAGGUGUCGAUGUUUUGGGAAGCUUACAAGGAAAAUGUUGCGCCUCUGAUCACUAUCGUGCACAAGGGAACGGCUCGGAGUUUGUUGGUCGAGGCUGCACAGAAUCCCGAAUCGUUGGAUAAGAAUAACGAAGCGCUCGUGUUUGCAAUUUACUUUUCGGCUAUUGUCAGCUUGAAAGCUGAAGAAUGUAUCGCCCGAUUUGGCGAAGAGCGAAGCAUUCUGGUCAAACGCUACCGCUUUGCCGUUGAGCAAGCUCUGUCUAGGGCUGGUCUCCUCAAUACACAGAGCUUGGUGCUCAUCCAAGCUGCAGUUCUCUUCCUAAUUUGCGUUCGCCGAGAGGACGACUCUAAGUUUGUCUGGUCCAUGAACUCGGUCAUUCUCCGCCUUGCCCAAGGACUGGGGUUGCAUCGGGACGGUACCAACUUCGACCUAAAGCCCUAUGAGACGGAGAUGCGCCGACGCUUGUGGUGGCACAUUUGUCUGAUGGAUGUUCGUUCGUCUGAAGACCAUGGCACCGACCCACAAAUCAACGAGAGCAUGUACGAUACUCGGCUUCCCUUGAAUAUCAAUGAUGACGAUAUCACUCCAGAAAUGACCGAGGCCCCGGCUGAACGCGAGGGUAUCACAGAUGUCACUUUCUGUCUGAUUCGUUGUGAAAUCACUAGCGCCCUGCGACGCGCGAAUUACUCUUGUCCAGGUAUUCGAUUCCGCAUGGGCGAGACUGCCCCCGGAAUCGAACGCUGUGAACGGAUGAUCGAGAUUAUCAGCAAUCGUGUUGAGAAUCGCUACAUCAAGCACUGCAACAUGAAUAUUCCGAUCCACUGGGCAACGGCGACAGUGGGACGUCUUAUUCUUGCAAAGCUGUGGCUGGUGGUGCAUCACCCAAUGACCCGAAGAGAUCGCGUCCUCAAUGUGUCUCAGGCCACUCGCGAGAGCUUAUUCCUGACAGCCAUCGAGGUCCUCGAGUUUGGUCGGUUGUUGGAAAGUGACCCGAAGACCGCAAAAUGGGGCUGGCUGUUCCGAACUAAUAUGCAAUGGCAUGGAGUCGCAUUCGUUCUAUCCGAGGUGUGCGUUCGUCCAGUCUGCCCUGUCACCGAUCGGGCUUGGAGUGCAGUCCAGGGUAUCUACUUGGACUGGGAACGUCAGGCAACACACAAGAAGGGCAUGCUAUGGCGCCCGCUAGCCGCAUUGAUGAAACGAGCCGCGUCAACUCGCGCUAAGCAACAGGAAGAACUCCUCGCCAAGUUUGGUCCGAACCGGGUAGCUUAUAACCAUGAUCCCACCGACUUUGCAUUGACACACCACCACACCCUCCCUCAAAUACACAUGCCAAAUAACACACCACUUCCCUCAUCGAUCCCUCCGUCCCAAAACCAGCCAAUCCAAGAAAAGUCCGAUCUAGAUAUUGAUCUGAACCAGGGACCCUGGGAGACAUUGCAGAGCAUCUUCCCAAAUACCAACUUCCUGGCACCGGUCACUCUGGAUAAUCCCCCACCGCAAGAACCAGUCUCGGCAAUCAACGUGCCUACGGGACUAUCAUUUAAUACGCCCAUGAGUAACAACACGUUCAUGAGUCAAGUCAAUAUUCCCGAAACUGCUACGCUUAGCUGGGAUGAAUGGGACCAAGUUAUGCGCGACUUCCAGAUGGAUGUUGAAAAUGAAGAUACAGAGCUUGGAAAGGGGACUCACGUUACGGAAUGGUUUGCAUGA